UCUCAUUGCAGCAAGCGUGAAAUUUUUUUAUUAUAACAAUGGGUGAUGAAGCCUCAAGUGAUGAUCAAAAGUAUGGUGGCUGUGAAGGCCCUGAUGCCAUGUAUGUAAAGCUCAUUUCUUCAGAUGGCCAUGAGUUUAUUGUCAAGAGGCAGUAUGCUCUGACCUCUGGCACUAUCAAGGCCAUGCUAUCUGGGCCAGGCCAGUUUGCUGAGAAUGAAACAAAUGAAGUGAACUUCAGGGAAAUACCGUCGCAUGUCCUACAGAGAGUCUGCAUCUACUUCACGUACAAAGUGCGCUACACCAACAGCUCCACUGAAAUCCCAGAGUUUCCUAUUGCGCCGGAGAUUGCACUUGAGCUGUUAAUGGCUGCCAACUUCUUGGACUGUUAAGCAACUUGAUCUGAUCAAUAGUCACCUACAUUUAGCUUUCGUUAUUUAUCUUCCCUAUUGAAUCUGCGGUCUAAACGGCUAUUUACCUGCUAAUUGUCUAAUACUUGGCUAACUCAAGUUACUCAACUAUGAUACUGUAGCAGAUAUAAUGACAUUAAGUUAUUCUGCACUUAGCAUUAUGUUGAAGUGUAGCAGCUAGAAAAAUUGACAUCGGUAAGACGCGAUUUUUGGUUUGGAUUAAUUGAGAUUAGAGGUAUGCAUGUUCAUUUGUGCAGUAAUUCAAUAUUUUAAUGGAUCUAUCUAAUUAUCAUUAUUUUCUAUAUGCAAAAUAGUAUGAUACUCAAAAGAAACUAAUCAUCUAUAACGAAUUGCCCAUCUCGUUCACUACUGUGUUAAAAAAAGCCUGCGUUCAAAAUUUCGACUCGCACUAUUCAUAUGAAUCUACAUGAUGUAAGUAGGUGAAGAAAUAACCCUUUCUAAAUAUGUCAUGAGUCUGUGUAACCUUGCCAUCCAUAAUGAACGUACCUUCUAUCUUUCACUGUCCUAAUGGACAAAAUAUAAUCAAUAUAAUUCCAUUAUUGAACGUCGAAGUCUCCCCCUCUUAUCGUCAGUGUAGCCAAGACUGUGCUGGCUACACUCUCCACUAUCAAAUAGAUAUGUUCUGCAUAGGAGAUUUUUGUUCGUAAUUUUACGACCAUGAGAGAGGAUAGUGAAAGAAUUGCCGACGAAUAUUCGUUGCUUUUAUUCAUGCCCACAAUUGAACUGGAUAUUUCAAUUUGUUACCAUUCGAUUCAUUCUCUCAGCCAUUUCAAAUAAGGACAACUCGAAUAAGAUGGUAUUUACAUGCUUCUUUUGUGUUGCAUUUAAAACCUUCCAUGAAGUUUUAUCAGCGUUCAUUACUUAGCACGAGCUUAGAAAAUGGGCACCGUUGCUGUGACCGACUUCGGUCAAAUAAAAUCUUUUUAUACUUGAA